UCAUGUCGAAUACAUGUCUGUGUGUUGUUGGAAAUUUGUUUUCAACACUGGUGACGCUGUUGGUGAUUGGUGCGGCAGUUGAUGGCUACAUCAUGGGAGACCCGGGCGAUAUGAGGGCGCAUAACCCAAAUCAGACAGUCAUCACGGAAUGUUCUGUAAACGACAGUCCUGAGAUGAAAUGGCGUCAUGUGUGCCCUCCGAUCCCCGGUGACAUCGACACGCACUAUCCGGUCCAUAUGAUGAUGAGACAACGAGACGAGUUGGCGAUGUACCCAGAAGAGCUCACCAGGAUGAAAGCAUAUCUAGUCAGUAAAAUGUCAUAUUGUAUACGGGGAAUAAAAACAGGCGGAAUGCUGAGGGUAAUACUAAAAAUACCACAUCCGAUACCAUUGUGUUUUAACUACAUCGCUAUGAAAGAAGCUCUGCGGACCGGUGAGAUCGACACCGAGGCGUUUUAUAUUGACCUGAGCGGCGAUACGACAGGCACAUGUCCAGCACGCAAAGUGUACAUUCAAUAGCGUCACUUACUAUCGUUAGUAUUUAUCGAAUGUUUUGCAAAUAAAUGGAAUGAGUGUACAGAUAAAAUGAGUUUCAUU